GACCUACAGAGGAUUUUGGUCUUAAACAUUCUUGUAUUUCUGGCCGGCAACGGCGAAAGUCCAAAAUCUGUGGCAGAAGCCUUCAUACCUGAUAUCUGCCCUGUUCCUGGAGAGACGCCGAUCAUGACAUCAACUCGCUCAUCAGCCACAGCAGCGAAAUCAGAGGCUUUUCCAGAGACAUCUCGUGUUAAUCAGCAAAGAUAAACAUAUCCUGAAAACAAAUAAUUAUUAUAAUAUCUUGUUUUCUGCCUGUAUUUAAGGCAGUCACACACAGGAGACGGAACAUAGCCGCGCCGCAAGAUCUACAGCCUAGCUCAUGUACCCCAGAUUAAUUAAAACAACGUUAGUUUCGAAUUUCCGGCGGGCGCUGGAGCCUUUCCCAUGUCCAAAUGCGUUGACACACGGAAAAGAGAGUCAAGAUAGCGAGAUGCGUAACACUUCUGAGGCCACUUGUAACAGAACUGUACCUUACAAGACCACCCCCCACGCUGGCCAGUGGCGUAGUGACAACUGUAUUUUUAAUGAUUUGUGAGACUUAAAGAGUGAGGGAAAUACUUGGUUCUAUGCUUUUUCUUUUCUUUUGGAGAGUAAAAGCCAAAUCUGUUGUUACUGCGACCACAUAGUUUCCGAGCAAUCGACGCGCGUAUCUAAGCCUCACACAAUCUAAACAACAUCACAAAAUGCCUGAUCAGGACGUAUAUCGCAAAGUCGGUCGGGGUGGUGCCGGCAAUUUCGUAUCAAGCAAACCUGAUGAUGCCGCCCACGCCGAUCUUGAAGCACAGAACCUAGCCACAGAAGAGGCCCAGCCAUCCGUCAACGGUCCAUCACGAGCUGGCCGUGGUGGCUUCGGCAAUUACGUCAAUCCAGAGGAACUACCAGAUGCCAAAGAGCAAGACGAGAUGGCUCAGAAGACAGCGGCUGCUGUGAAUGCAAGCCUCAAGAAGAAUCACGUUGCGAGGGGUGGACUUGGUGGCAGAGGUGGAGCCGGAAACUGGAAGCAUGCUAUUUCGUUUGAAGAAGAGGAGAGGAUGAGAGAAGAAGAAAGAUUGAGAGGUGAGCAAUUGGCCAAGAAGGUGAAGGAGGAGGUUGAUCAGGGUCUAAGAAUGCCCGAAAAGGCCCAUCACGGACAUCAUGUUAAGCAUAACGAACAAUAAGGCUUGACAAUGACAGCGGGACGUUUGGGAUUGGGGUUAGAAGGCUUAGAGCUAUAUGGGUUGAUCUUACUAGUUACUUUCUUGAUUUAAAUCUCGCGUCUUUCAUAUCUUUCUAGUCAUGCCCACAACUCUCCGCUUGAGAGAACUAAUGCUUCAUCUCGUUUCACUGAACCUUCCCGAGGCUCGUAAGUCUGAGGGCAAGGAAACCAUUACCUUCUCAGAAGGCCUUGGGAAGCUCAACCUCCUUUGACAGCUUGAGCGCAAUCGACCUGAGCUCAUCCAAACCAGUCACAUCUUCUUCCAACCCA